AGCCCCUGCUCCUGCUCGGCUCCUGCUCUGUGGACAGAGCCCUGCAGGAUGUCUGAGAGGAGGUGGUGCGAGGACGACGACAGCUCCUCGCUGCUGUCCCGGCUGGGCUCCGACUCUCCUCGGCCCCGGAUGAAAUAUGGAGGAAUGUUCUGCAACAUCGAGGGAGCCUUCGAGAACAAAACACUCAACUUCGAGUCGUUUAGUCCUCAGACACAGCGCCGCAAAUCGACCCGGGACACGGAGGGAGGAGGAGCAGCAGGAGGAGCACAGAUUGUGGUGUUUCCCUCCAGACACACUCGAGAAAACUACGGCAAGAGAGAGGGCGACCGUCUGAUCAUCAAAGGAGGGAAGGUGGUGAACGACGACCAGUCGUUCUAUGCUGAUGUUUAUAUUGAGGACGGAACAAUCAAGCAGAUUGGAGAGAACCUCAUCAUCCCGGCCGGCGUGAGAACUGUGGAUGCUUAUGGUCAGCUGGUCAUCCCGGGAGGAAUCGACGCCAACACCAACCUGCACGCGCCCCAGAAGGGCCUGAACCCCACCGAUGACUUCUACCAUGGAACCAGAGCGGCCCUGGCAGGAGGGACCACCACCAUCAUCGACCACGUGCUGGUGGAACCGGGGACCAGUUUGCUGUCAGUGUUUGACCAGUGGAAGGAGACGGCGGAGCAGACGGCGUGCUGCGACUUCUCGCUGCACCUGGACAUCACGCGAUGGCAUGACGGGCUGUACGAGGAGCUGGAGACGCUGGUCAAAGACAAAGGGGUGAACUCCUUCCUCUUCUUCAUGGCAUACAAAGAUAAAUACCAGAGCUCCGACUCUCAGCUCUAUGAGGCGUUCGGGAUCCUCAGAGAUCUCGGAGCCAUCGCACAGGUGCACGCCGAGAACGGCGACAUCAUAGACGAGGAGCAGAAGAAACUUCUCGCUAUCGGCAUCACUGGACCUGAAGGCCACGUUUUAUCACACCCUGAAGAGGUGGAGACUGAGGCUGUGUAUCGAGCCAUCACCAUCGCUAAACAAGCUAACUGCCCGCUGUACGUAACCAAGGUGAUGAGCAAAUCUGCUGCCGACGUCAUCGCCAAGUCCCGCAAGAAAGGUGUGGUGGUGUACGGGGAACCAAUCACAGCCAGUCUGGCUACUGACGGCUCGCACUAUUGGUCCAAAGACUGGGCCACAGCUGCUGCUUUUGUCAUGAGCCCACCCCUCAACCCAGACCCCUCCACUCCUCAGUACCUGACUUCUCUGUUAGCCUGUGGAGACCUGCAGGUGGUGUCCAGUGCUCAGGCCAGUUUCAGCACAGCUCAGAAAGCCGUUGGGAAAGAUGACUUUACUUUGAUUCCAGAAGGAACAAAUGGCAUCGAGGAGAGGAUGUCGGUAGUGUGGGACCGAGCUGUGUCCACAGGCAAGAUGGAUGAGAAUGAGUUUGUUGCCGUGACGAGUACCAACGCUGCCAAACUCUUCAACAUUUACCCUCGUAAAGGGCGGAUCGCCGUGGGAUCAGAUGCUGAUGUUGUCAUCUGGAACCCAAAGGAGACUCGGACCGUCUCGGCACAGUCUCACAACUUGACACUGGAGGUGAACAUCCUGGAGGGUCAGGAGCUUCGUGGUCAGGCCACGGUGGUGAUUAGCAGCGGUCGUGUCGUUCUGGAGGACGGAAGCCUCAAUGUGACCGAAGGUUCAGGACGCUUCGUCCCCAGGAAGGCUUUCCCAGACGCCGUCUACAGGAGGAUUAAAGCCCGCAGCAAGAUGGCGGAGGCUCGCGGUGUCCCGCGUGGAAACUAUGAUGGUCCGGUCCACGAUGUCAUCAGUAUGACCAAGUCAGUCCCGCCCACUCCCACUACCAGGGGACCCCCCUGUCCAAAGACCCAGUCUGGCCCCAGGAACCUGCACCAAUCCGGGUUCACCCUGGCAGGAGCUCAGAUCGAUGACCACAUUCCACGGCGUUCCACUCAGAGGAUCGUUGCACCCCCUGGUGGCCGUUCCAACAUCACAUCUCUGUCCUAAAACUAGCGGAAUCGGAAUGUCUUCAGACAACUUGAACCGUGAAACCCGCAACAGUGAUAACCUGCAAACACCAGUUAACCCCAAAUUCUCAACUCUUAAACUGAAGUAAUGAAAACUAAACACUGUAGUAAACCAAACUUUCUCCUCACAAAUACUGCAACACAAGUUCAAACCGACAAUGGGAAUUAAACCCUAUGACUAGCAUUACUAUCUGUGCUAACAGUACUUCUUCCAGUUCUUCAUCCUGGAACCAUACAUUACUUUUGAAUCUUAUAACUAGUACUUCAGCUAGUAUCGAAUGUUAAGACAAUAGUCCAAGAGUUUGCCCCUACAAUGUUCCCGUCAACUACUACUGAAUGUUCUAACUCGUUCUCCGCCUACUACAGCAUUACUUUAACUAGUACUGAAUGUUCUGUUCAUCCUGUCAACUCCCAUAAACCAGUAGUCCCUGUGCCUGUAGUAGUACCAGUAAUAGUAGUGUUAGUAAAAAUAAAUCUGAGUACUUCAUCUGAAAGAAGAUUCACCCGUAGUUUGAAGUACGUUGAGUUGACACUGGUCUUCUGUCAGCUGUUGCGAGCUCUAGGGUGAUCUUAGGUGUUUCCUCAUGAAAUGCACUCACUCAUUCAUCAUGUUUGUUGUAAAUUGUCCUUGUAUUGAUGUGACUCUGUGCUACUUCAAGUUCUACUGAAGUUUUUAUACCUGAACAAUUCACUCAUCUGAAUCACUGAAACCUCCAGACUCUCAAAGUGAUGAAUUCAAUCUCAUCAGGACCUCCUGGCUUCUGGUCCAGGCCCAUCAGGAUCUCCUGGGUUCUGGAUCAGUUCCUCAUUAGUCAUUUCAAGUUCCAUCCAAGAAUCAGAUUUAAAUGGUGCUAAUCUAUCCAGUUGUAGCCUGCAAGUAGCAAAACCUUGAAAAGCUCCAUGAGACCAGAUCCAGAUCCAUCAGACCAGAUUCUAGACCCACCAGACCAGAUCCAUCAGACCAGGUUCUAGACCCACCAGACCAGAUCCAUCAGACCAGGUUCUACAUCCAUCCAACUGAACCCACAUCUAUCCACAAUGAUAGCAUGCAGUAAGUGGGUGACCUCUGACCUUUGGUCAGUUUUGACCUUGAGAGUACAUGGACUCGAGCUGUGAUGUCACAGCCACAGACUCCACCCCUUCAUUCCCGGAAACCUCUGGUUUUUAACAUUUGUUUGUAAAGAAUUUACAAUCAUUUUGUAUUUUUUACAGUUUUUUGUACUUUGUUAGUAUGUUGACUACGUAUGCAUCAGUGUUCGCAGUGUCUGUGCUGC